AUGGUGCAGCCAUCAGGUGCCUUUCCAUCCGGCAAGCUUCCUAAUACUAUGGCAAGCAGCUUUGAGACUGAGAAUACCAGCAUGACCAAUAAGAGUGGAGGGUUGGAACAACCGUCCGAUGAAAAGCCGCAACGUUUGUAUGCAUAUCAGCAGUCCGACUUGGAAUCAUCCGACCCGUUGACCCAAAUCAAGAAUUCCUUCCUCAAUCCCUACAAUGAAAGCCAGGACGAAGCCGAGCAAGAGUCUGUGGUCGAUAAGAAUGAAAUGGAAUCUGCUCUGACUGAGGAUAUCUAUUCUCUCAUGAGUAUAGCUCCCGUUUGCUCGGCUUCGUUCCUGUUUGCCUCUAUAGUAUUUAUCAUGCAGUUCAGUCUGAUCCUUCUGGUUUUACUGGAUUUGGUGGAUGAUUCGGCCAACCCUGUGAGGACCAAUGGUGAAAUCAACUGGAUGUUCAUUCCUGUCGAUGCACCCAUGGAGGUCACGGCGGCGCAAUUCAUUGGAGUUAUACUCACGGUCAACUUUGUCUGUGGACAGGGAGAUCUUCUCGUAGGAUUCUCUCAUUUAUUGCACGGAUACAGCAGGACCAUUAUGGAGAAUAAUCCACAUGCUACCCGUACCAAAUGGUACUUUGCUGGCAUCUGUCAAACACUCGUGGGAAUCUUUCUGACCGUGGAUCUAUUCAUUCUCAUGAUGCAAUCUACUUCCAAUAUCAUGCUAUGCUUAAAUUUUGCCGCCCUUCAUUUUGUACAAGACAUUGACGAUGUGGCUUUUUCAAUGGCGGCAAUGGGGCUCGUGACAAGACGCGUACAAAAGGAUUGCAACCGAGUCGGAGAUAUCUUGAUUCCGAGUCAUGAAAGCCGACGCAACAAUUGGAUCAAACGAGGCUUUCUCAUUGUACUGACAGCGGGCCUCUAUACCUGCUUCUUUAUCAUUGCCAGUUGGCAGUGGAAUGGACAUUUCAUGUGUGGAUCUCUCUAUAUUCAGUUUGGCGACGUUUGGGGACCAGAGUGGCCCUAUUUUAGCGGGGUCUUUGAUGCAGAGAGCCUCAAGUUUCAAGACCGUAUUGACGGAAGAGCUGUGUAUGUUGACCCGACAAAGACAUUUCGAUUGGCGUAUUGCAGUGCCGAACAAGCAUGGACGUUCUCAAACAUCACGGCAACGAAUGAUCACUGUAACUAUUUCAUCAAGAGUUCAUCCACUACGUCAUUUGACAUUAUGGAUAUUGCCGAUCGACAGUGGUACGCUUUCGACAUCGAUAUGGGAGAUGUUCCCAUGGAUUUCAUGGCAGUGGAUUGCAAUGACUGCGACGAGACAAUAUGUGCACCCGACGUUGGUACAUGUUCCAACAACAGGUGUGUGUGCCAUGGCGACGAACGCAUUGGUUUGAACUGUGAAUUCAUCGAAGAUGAUGAACAUUUGUGCCGAUAUUUGGCACUGGACAGGCGAAGCAAGGCGGAUGUAUCAGCGUUGCCGUUUGCCAAACUUUUCACACGCAGAGAGUACACGCGUUUCGAACUCCCUCAAGUUGAAACGAUGUACGAGCGGCCAAUCUAUGUGUCCUUGAAUCCUGUGACAAAAAAAUUGGACAUAUUCAUCGUGUUCAGUGGGUAUCGCUGGAUUAUCUAUGGUAUCCCCCAAGAGCAAUCAUCUAACCUCACGCUUGAAGAGUUUGGUGACUACCUCAUUGCCAACGAUCCACACAACUACCCCUUGCAGACACUCGCCAACAUUUCCGGAGAUGCUUUGCCCCAUUUCAUCCCGUUCUUCUUCAGUUCUCCAUAUCAAUACGAGACGAGGUCCCAUGAUGUGGAUCCAGUAAAUGCGCACUGGCUUUUGGCAACAAUUGACGAGAGUCUGCCUAUAGUGGGCGCCUAUGCGGAUAUCAACCACCUUGUGUCAGCGAACUUCAUAUGCGCUCAUUGUAACAAUGACACCAACCCAUGUCUAAAUGGUGGCACAUGUAUCGACGGAGAAUGCAACUGCGUCGACAACGCCACUGAUAUUCAGAGUUAUGGCGGCUCUCUCUGCGAGUAUGGCUUCAGCUGCUCAGAAUUCAAUGCCAGGCAGAAUUUGACAGAGGGGUUGAAUGGAUGCGAGUGCGAUCCUGUCUUUGAUAUCUGUGUCAGUUGCGAGUCGGAGUUAUACUACGGAAAUCUGUGCCAGUAUAAAAGAGAAGCGCCCAUUGUUCAUGAAACGGAAAUCACAUAUUUGGGUGGUCGUGAGGAAUGCAACAACUCAACCUGUCAGAACGACGGGUACUGUAUUAGUAACGUACAAGCUUGCGUAUGUCCUGAAUUCUAUACUGGCAAUUUUUGCGAAGAACUCGUAUACCUCGAGACGGUGCCUCCAUGUGACAAUUCUACUUGUCUGAAUGGUGGUUUCUGCUCCGCCGAUACAGCCAGCGCAUGUACAUGCCCAUCAGACUUCUAUGGAGAGUUAUGCGAGAUUCUGUCUCCCUAUGCUCUCAAUAUAACGAAUUCAACGAAUGCAACUGCAUCAGAUGAGAUCGAGGGCAUAGACAUACUUGCGUCUGCGCUUGAAUCCGCAGACGAUGACAACAACUUUGAGGAUCUCUUUUCUGUUGGCGAAUUCGUCGUACUUGACGAGACUGUCGACAAUGAGACAGAUGCAGAGCCAGCAGAGGCAGUUGAAGGAUUCCAAGUUUCCCAGUUCCAAGAGUCUGAACUAGGCGGAACAAACUUUGUCAUCUUGGCAGAAGAGGCAGAAGACGAAGGCUCAGCACAUCAACCCAGUGUCAUUGAGAAAGAUGUACAAUCCGGGAUAGAACCUGACGGAACAACUACAGACGAGGACGAAGGCACAACAGCCGUGGCAGAAGGAAGGAGCAUGUGCUCUCCCUUGGACUGCUAUUGGCGAAGAUGUGACUGCUAG